AUGGCUCCCUGCUCUACUAUUCACCACAUCAGGAUCUCUGAGAAAGACAACAUCAAAUUGAGAAAACCUGCUGUGGAGAAAAUGCGCAGAGAUCGCAUUAACAGCUGCAUCGAACAACUCAAGAUCAUCCUGGAGAAGGAGUUCCACAAGCAGGAGCCCAACUCCAAGCUGGAGAAAGCCGACAUCCUGGAGAUGACUGUGAGCUUCCUGAGGCAGCAGCUGCAGCCGGGCCUCUGUCAGAGCGACUACAACCAAGGCUACUCUCACUGCUGGAGGGACUCUGUACACCUACUGUCUGCUGGAUCCAACGCAGAGGCCUCUGUCACUCCACUGCAGGUCCUCCAGCAGCAGGAGCAGCAGCUCCAUCAGACCCAGAGAGACAGCAGCUCCUCCCCAGUCUGCUCCCCCCUCAGACCCACCACACUGCAGGACAGCAGCAGCAGCAGCAGCAGCAGAGGCCCCGUGUGGAGGCCUUGGUAG